AUGAGCGGCUUCGACGCUGCGUUAUGCCGAGCAGAUGCAGUCUAUUGGAAGAACAUUGCUCGCCGAAAGGAGGCGUUGAACGGCACGCUACAGCCCAAGAUGUGGAACCCCGUGCGCAUGAAGGAGUUGGUGCUCAUCCCUACCUACCCGUGCGCCAUCAACGAGCGCAUCGGCAAAUGGGGUGACGGAGGAAAGUGGACGUGCCUUCUUCCCAACGCCAUCCAAAAGACUAACCCCGUCGUGUACAGCAUUGGGAGCUUUGGCAUGUACUCGUUUGAGGAGUCCAUGCACAAGAUACUAGGCGUGAAGCCCUACACCUUCGACCCGUUCCUCAAUCCGACCAAUCUGGAAAUAAUGAAAAACCUCACGUGCCUUCACUUCAACGAAAUCGGCCUUUCUGGGGUGGCAUCUCUUGCCGGUUACAAGAAGAACUCCCCGGACAAAAAGUUUUUGACGCUGCCCGAGAUAAUGAAGGAGCUGGGGCAUACUUAUGUGGACGUGUUCAAGAUUGACUGCGAGGGGUGCGAGGUGGAUAUGAUAAAGGAUAUGGCAGCGGCGUAUCUGAACACUGGGAAUAAGCUUGCGCUGCAUGGAGGGAAUUUGCCGUUCGGACAGAUCCUCAUCGAGUUGCAUAACAUGAACAAUGCCUCUAUUUCCCUCGAAACCUUCUACACUCUCGAGAGGCUCGGGUAUCGCAUGUUCAGCAUCGAAUACAACCCCUACUGCCCCUUUUGCGUCGAAAUGAGUCUCAUUCACGAGAGCCUUGUGAAGCCUUCGAGUGAGACUGAUUGCCGGCCGUUUGUAACCCCUGAAGUCAAGGGGGGUGAGGAGAAGGUUGAGGAUAAGAAGGUUGGGGGUGCAGGUGGAAAAUAG